AUGGAAGUGUUUUUUGCGGGCUUUAAUGCCGAGGAACUGGCAAUGAUGCAGGAACUAUUGAGACUUUUAUUGGAAGACGACGAUGUGCACCAGCCAACACCUGGACAGGAAGGCCAGACUCUGCUUAACGAAUUAGCAGGUGGUAUGACAGUGAACGACUUUGGCGACUAUCAAUGGGGAUUGAGUGCUCCAAACGGUAUUGCAUGGAAUGCACCGCCUGCCAUGAUGGCUAUCUCGCCACAGUACCCGACACAAACGUCUAGAAUCCGCACAAAUAGCCACUUUGGAAAUGACGAUGAGCCCAUGCUCAAACGUGGCCGCAUGGAAGUCGCGCCGACGAUGCGAGCAUCAGUGAAUUGCAAAUCGUUUCCUCAAGGCUCAGGAGCGGGACAUUUCUACUAUUAG